GUUUAUAGAAGCGCCAACAUUUUAAAUAAUUUCCAAGACGUCUUGGACAACAUUUUCGCUCCGUUGUUUGAAGCCACUUCCGACCCGACUUCUCAUCCGGAACUCCACGCGUUUCUCCAACACGUGACCGGGUUUGAUUCAGUGGAUGACGAGAGUAAACCCGAACAUCGUCCGACUCCGACCCGAACAAUGCCGAUCCCGCAGAACUGGAACAACAAGGAGAAUCCUCCGUAUGCGUAUUACUCGUAUUACGUGUAUGCCAACAUGACUGUGUUGAAUCAUUUCCGGAGAAUGCGAGGCUUGAACACUAUUGUGUUCCGGCCGCAUUCUGGGGAAGCCGGACCGAUACAGCAUUUGGUGGCGUCGUAUUUGCUGGCGGAGAACAUUUCUCAUGGUCUCCUCCUGAGGAAGGUGCCUGUGCUGCAGUAUCUGUUUUACCUGUGCCAAAUCCCAGUCGCCAUGUCGCCCCUGUCGAACAACUCUCUUUUCCUCAACUACAAUCGCAACCCGUUGCCCGAAUACCUGGCCCGAGGG